AUGGACCGCUUUGUGAAGAGGACGAGACCGUCCCAGAGCGAGACUGCCAACACUACUCCGGCUUUGGCAGCUGGGUGGACCAACACCAACAAGAGACUUGAAACACCACCAAUAAAGAAGCGUCGAAUCGAACAAGUUAAACAGAACGACGUAACCGAAGACGAUGGCUCUUCUACAGCAUUGACCAACGACGAAGACGAGGAUUCAUUUCUGUCGGCACCAAGCCGGGAUUCGCCUCUUGUUCGAGAUGGAAAGACUGGAAGUGCAGAUGUGAAAGAUGGCGAUGCUACGGACAAUGCUCCAGCUGCGCACCAUCAUACUGCCUUGGAGGAUAGUUUGCCCGAGGUCAAGGUUGACGGCAAUAUACUCGAAGAAUACGAAAAGCUGAAGUCUUCUCAAGUCGACGAUGGCAAAAUCAGCGCGGAGACACGGCUACAGACACGGAAAUGGGUCCGAGGGCAAAGUUCAAUUUACGUCGAUGCCUUCAACCUUGCCUUGGACACAGUCCUGCAAGACGAAGCGCAUCUUUUCGACGAGAAGGAAAAUUGUGUAUUUGAGAAUUGGAGAGCGUUGAGCUAUGAAGCUCAGUACUUGUAUGUGCGUCUGUUUUUGCGCAAGACUGCCUCAUGGCAUCGUUUAGAACGGCUGAAACGCUACCCCGACAUAUCGGAUAUAGAGCAGGCUAUUGAAAGUCUACUAGAGUCUCAAGAGUUGCCAAAGGGAGAGUCUGUGAAGAAGUCAGACGAAGAGUCCGUGGAAGAACCGGAGCAUGUCUUCGCCGACACGUUCGCGUUCGCUGAUGAUUCGGCAUCGCACAUCAAGACGGUUGAGCAAGCGGCACAACUACUGUCUCUUGACGAGCUCAAAACUCUCGCAAAGGAUGCCAAAGUUCAGGGCAAGAACAAGCCGGACCUCAUCAAGGCUUUCUGCCGAAUGUGUUCUCAGCAGUCAAGCCUUAUGUCUGUUGGAUUACGGCGGUCCAGCACCAACGCCUCGAUGAACUCGGUAGACUCUGCAUUGGAAGAAGCAAACACGGAUAGACAAGAUUCCAACCGAAAAGCGCAUUUCCUGGAAAAGAUUCUUGCCAUUACUGGUCCGCUUGUCAGACUUUCGGAGCCUGUCUUUAAGCUAUUUGAACGCGUUCACUUGGUUUUCUAUCGAUCUACCGAAUGGACAGAAAAGUCACUGACAACAAUCAUCUUAGCCAAAAUCUCGAGGAGGAACUUCCCUGAAUAUGUCGUCUGCCGCUCAUCUAACAUAUUUCCAGCACGGAGGCAUCUCCUUGAAUUUGAGCGUUCGAUGCGUCUUCAGUUCGAAGUAGACACAAUACUGGAGCUCAACGGGCUGCCGGGGGCAGAGGGAAAUCGCAAAGUCGUGGAAAUCUUUGAGGGUAUAGCCCCUCGUUGGAGAGAGCUGCUUACUGGAGCACAGAAAAGCGAAGACACGGAAUACGAGUUCGGCGAAGGAGGGUACCUCCGCCGUUUCAGUGCAGGACAUGCUUAUACGAGGAUUGUGCACAAAGCUGCCGAGGCUCUUGGCCGCCUUCAUCGGUAUCAGGACGAAUAUGAUCUUCUCAACGAGCUACUGAGCCAGCAACUGUUUCACUUUUCUCGACGCGGUGCUUGGUAUAAGCGAAAAGCCCUCGUGGAAGAGCGGUACAUGUGGGAACUGGAGCAACCCCCCGCAACAGCAUUAUCUGAAGCACAAAAGAAUCUUCGAAAGAAGUGCUGGAGGCAAGUUGCUCUUUCGACAUGCGAAACGGCCCUGCAAGAUCCCAAUUGCCAUCUGAUCCACCAUUACGAUUUACAAAAGCGUCUUAUCAGACUUGAAAAGCAACUCAAUAUCCCACGUCGUCAGCAGCACAACUUUGACCAUGCGAGACUGCGAGAUCCGGAGGAGCACACCGUGGACGGCAUUCAGUUGGUCCGUGAAGACAAAGGUCGUGACAUAAAAAGUACCAAGACGAUCUGGCUGGACGAAUUAGGUGACUCAGAUGAGGAAGGCAAUCCCAUGCACGUCAGUGUUGAGGAGAUGUGUCUAUCAUUCUACCGCACCCAAGGUUGGAAAGGAUACCACAGCGAGGGUGGGAUUCUACGGACGCUUUUCGCAUAUCUCUUCUGCGAUAUCCUCUUCCUCUUCGUCCCGAACGUCUUUCAGACCGCUUACCAAACAUGUCCUCUGGACCUACAUACGGACGCCUUCUACCCUGCCCGGGCGAGCGAGAUUAACCACCGGCUGGUGGAAAUAUCCAAUGGUGGAGCUGGAGAGCUUAUUCGCCGGGUCAAUGAACCGCAUCGCGAGCGUCGUACCUGUAUAGUUGGGCUGAAUUGGGAUUAUGAGGUUGAGGACCUUCUCGAGCUUGUCUCCUGCUUCGAGGGCGAGGCUCUUGCCGCCAUAUGCAAGGUUAUUGCACAGGAUUACAAAGCUCGUGGGGGUGGUGUGCCGGACUUGAUCCUCUGGCGCACUGCAAAAGAGCCAAGCGGCGAUCGAAAGGAGCAGUCCGAGAAUAACAAGGGAGAGGUUAUGUUUGUGGAAGUCAAAAGCGCCAAUGACCGGCUUAGUGACACACAACGGCUAUGGAUCCAUGUCCUCUCGGCAGCGGGCGUGAGGGUUGUGCUGUGCAAUGCUGUGGCCAAGGGAGUGAAGACAAUCGAUUGA